AUGCAGCUCCGCUACGGGAUCACGAUUGGCCUCUGCACCUGCUACCAAGCCCUCUGGAUCACGUCGUGGUGUGUUUCUGUUCCCAACAGCUUGGUCAUACAACUUCGCUUAAAUGACGUCCUCACAGCAGCAGCAACGAACCUCCCUAUCACCUCCACCAAACAAUUGUCGGCUGACGAGGAGGAGGACAAAGAUGAAGAGGAUGUCAUUGACGAGGCCCUAGGCCUAGUACCCUCGGACCUGCCAUCCACGGCGUACGUCGUCGUGCCCUCUGCCAACCCAGGUGGUGUACUCUGCCUCACCCCUCAGCAUGUUCACGUCCGGGACACGCUUCGUGUUGCUUUCGAGCUAGUCAGGGAGCAUAUUCUUGCUGAGAACGCAUUCCCGGACACAGUUGAUCGACACCAGUUCGUCACUUCGUCCAUUCUGCGUGCAGCUCAAACACGAGGGUACAACGGCUUGGCUGGAUGGUUUGCGUCGAACCCGGACGUACUCAGAUUGUUGGCUCCUAUAGUUAACCAACGUAUAUGCUCGCUUCGGAGCGACCUCAAGAAGGCCUCCGACAACCUGGUGGUUGGAUUUUUCAAGAUCGUUCCUGGUGAGGAGACGAAGCAGCUCGUGAAGUGGUUCCUGCAACACCUCAACUACUCGUACCCUGUUGAGCCAAUGCAAGCUAACGUGCCCCGAAACAAACCUUACCAGCACCCGAGCAUCGCCGCGAUUAUAGCCACCGUAUUCUUCAAGGGUCGUAAGCCUCACGCCAAGAAGCAUGCCUCCGUCUUCAAGUCCACCUCUCCCGAUCGUCCUGAGGAGAAGGAGAUCCCGUUGACAAUGGUCGCUCUCGUUAGCACCGCGAUCCACUCCUCGCUCAUGGACUGGAGCCAAGGGACCCACCAUCCGACCAACUUUACAGCGGACAAGUACCUCGACGCUUACACAGAGCACGUUCUCAACCUCGAGCAAAUCAAGGCCCGGAACCCACGAGGCUACCAUAAGACAAUGCACGGGCUUUAUACCAUGGCAGGGGGCAGUACCCCACCCAGGCCUGCCAACAUGGACGCCAACGUCGCCAUGGUCGACUACGACAACAUGGAGGUAGACUAG